AUCAAUUCUGUCCUCAUGGUGAUGCCAAAACUUGGUCUCAUGAGGUAUUCAACCUGUGUCUGACUCACGUGAUCAGGUGUCAAACAUGACAUUCCACUUGAAACGUUUUGAGUAUCUUUAAUUCGUCGGCAACUGUGACACGCGAGUCUAUCGGGAGCUUUCAGAGCUACUGGUGCAACCAGGCUGCAGGGAUCUCCAAAUUGUGGGGAGCUGGGAAGCACCUCUUAUUGGUCACCAUCAAGGGCCCGAACUAAGUACCUUUGCCUGCAGCCUUGUCUUUCGUCACCUUCGCCCCAAGCCUUUCUCAAAUUCAUCCUCUGGCACCAUCACCGUCUUUCGCAGGAAAUCAUUCUGCGCGCCGAAAUGGCAGACCGUGACGAUCCCCCGUCGGGCCCGCGCGGCCAGAACGAGGGCGAUCGACGGGACGACAAGGCCCCCAGCCGCGACCGCGACCGCGACCGCGAUCGUGAUUCUUACCGACGAGACAGGUCUGAUCGAGGUGGUCGUGGUGGUUACGGCCAAGACAACAAAGACAGAGAUUUCGGCCGCGAUAACAACCGAGACCGGGAUUCGGACAGGCGCCGCGACCGCGACCGCGACUUCGACAGACCCAGAGACAGGGACCAGGAUCGUCCCAGGAGGACUCGAGGCCGAGGCGGCUUCAAGUGGAAGGAUGAGCGCCGUGGCAAUGACGGUCGCCGGGGCAAUGAUGACCGCCGUGGCAAUGAUGACCGCCGUCGUGAUGACCGACCCUACCGCCGCCGUUCACAGUCUCCCCGUCGCCGCGACCGAGACCGCGACGACGCUGAGUCCAGCAAGCCCAAGAAAGAAUCCAAGCCCGCCGCUGCACCAACUGCCCCCGUUGGCGGCGGUGAGGAGAUGAUCAUCGUCAACAUCAACGACCGACUGGGCACCAAGGCUUCGAUUCCCUGCUACGCAUCGGAUCGUAUCAAGGAGUUCAAGAUCCUGGUGGCUGCACGCAUCGGUCGUGAGCCGCACGAGAUUCUACUAAAGCGGCAGGGCGAGCGCCCGUUCAAGGACCAGCUUACUCUGGAGGACUAUGGCGUCAGCAACGGUGUGCAGCUUGACCUUGAGGUGGAUACUGGCGACUAAGAGACGAAUGAGAGAUGGGAAGGGGAUGUGGGUUCGGCCGGAUGGAUCAUGGACACGACUGACAGGACCGCCGAGAGGAUUGCUGGUAUGAAACUCCCCAAGAUGUAUGCCCAGGUCUGUCUGGCAUGCUGAUGACUUGCUUAGGC